AUGGCGGCGCAACAAGCUCCAGAUGGCCUUCGCACGCGCCAUUCCGACGAGGAGUCGGGCAACUACCGCGUCGAAGGAAAAUUCGAAGGUUCUGCGCAUGUGGAGGAUGCUGAGAAAAACAAUAUUGCCGCUGUCAGCACGCAUGGCCUCAGUCCAGAAGAACAAAAGAAAGUCAUCCGACGCAUCGACGUUCGACUCCUCCCAAUUCUCGGUCUCAUGUAUUCAAUCUCGCUGAUCGAUCGCACAAAUCUGGGCCUAGCUCUCGUUGCUGGCCUCCAAGAAGACCUGGGACUUCACAUUGGCAAUCGAUACACUGUUAUAGUCAUGGUGUUCUUCGUAGCCUAUAUUCUGUUUGAAAUCCCUAGUAACCUCAUUCUGCCUCGUGCUGGUCCAGCAAAUUGGCUUGCCUUUCUUGGUGUUGGCUUCGGCUCUGUCCUACUCGGUAUGGGGUUCACGAAACACUGGGGAACCAUGGCGCUCUGUAGAGCGCUUCUGGGUGUACUAGAAGCGGGAUUCCUACCGGGGAUCUUCAUUAUUGAAGGUGCAAUCACUAUCGUUGUCUGCGGAUUCGGCUGGUUCAUCAUUAUCGAUUUCCCAACAAAGGCUGGCAAGUUCCUCAAGCCAGCCGAGCAGGCAUUCGUCAUUGAGCGCAUCAACAACGACCGAGGCGAUGCCGAGGAUGACGGUGUCAAUGCCCGCAAGAUCUUGAAACAUCUCAAAGACUGGAAGUUGUACUUUUGGGCCUUCAACCUCAUGUCUUCGACCCUGCCAGGCUACGCUUACUCGUACUUCCUACCCAUCAUCCUCCGAAACGGCAUGGGUUUCAGUCGCACCAACUCGAUGCUUCUCAGCGCCCCGCCGUAUCUCCUUGCCGCCAUCAUGGCCUUCGUGUCAGGCUGGCUCGGCGACAAGUACAAGAUCCGCGGACCGAUCAUCGCUGUGCAUCAGGCGAUCACUGCUGUGGGCAUGCUGAUUACCGUCUACGCCAAAUCGAACGCCGCUCGCUACUUUGGCGCGUUUCUCGGCAUCGGUUUCUUGCAGUUCUGCGUUCCCGGCGUUCUGACGUUCCAGGCCAACAACAUUACAUCCCACUCUAAGCGAGCCGUGGCUUCAGCAACGUGCCUCAUUGGUGGCGGUGUCGGAGGCAUUAUCUCAAGUGUGGCCUUCAUGGCGAAAGAGAGCCCGCACUAUACCACGGGUGUGUGGACCACGUUCGGCAUUUCAAUGACCAGCAUCUGCAUGAUCAUCAUCAUGGAUCUUUACUUCUGGCGGCUCAACAAGGCUGUGAAGGCAGGGACUCGUCUGAACGAAGGCAUGGCAGGGUGGUUCUAUACGCUCUGA